AUGGCCGUAUUCACAACACCCUCGUGGCUGCUUCCUGAGAAUGAGGCCACGAGGCCCGCCUUCCUGGCGUGGGCCGUCACGGCCAUGGCCUGCAUGGCCAUGUACAUCGACACCUUCCAGUCGACCAUGGUGAACUUCGGCCUGUCCGACAUCAUGACCUCGCUGCACAUGACCCCUUUCGACAUCAACUGGGUCGUCAUCGCCUACAACCUCGCCUUUGCCGCCGUGCUUCCCAUCUCUGGAGCCAUCGCCGACAGGUUUGGACUGCGCGUUGGAUUUGUCGUCGGCACCGGCUCCCUUGCGUGGGCGAGCGCCCUCUGUGCGGCUGCACCGAACAAGUACGCCCUCAUCGUCGGCCGGGCGUUCUGCGGCCUUGGAGCUGCCCUUGGUACCGCCACCGGCCCGCCGAUUAUCAGCCAUCUGUUCACCGACGAGAAACAGCGUAACAAGGGGCUCUCGCUGCUCAUCAUGUGCGGACCCCUUGGGAUGGUCUCCGGCAUGAUCUUCGGCGCCCUGCUCGUUGAAUCUCCCACCGGAUGGCCUGCAUUGUUCUGGCUAGGUCUUGCCGUGAACAGUGUGCUGUGCAUCGUCGGCUUCUUCACCAUCCCCAUCUUCGCAAAGCCGCCACCCGAUCCUUCCAAGAAGUUCGACGCCAUUGGCCUGGCCAUGUUCGUCUCCGGCCUGCCACUCCUGAUCUAUGGCGUCGACGAUGGCGGCAACCGGGGCUGGACCAGCCCGGAGAUCCUGGUGACUCUGAUCCUUGGUGGACUGAUCGUGCUGGCCUUUCCCAUCUACGAGCGCCGCCUCGAUAAUCCUCUCGUGCCGAAGGAAUUCCUGCGAGACCGCAACAUGGUGCUCAUGCUACUCACCUUCGUCAUUUUCGGCGGUGGCUUUUCCACUUGGUUCCUCCUGGUCACCCAGCUGUUUCUAAACUCACUGAAGCUGACGGCGCUGCGCUCCGCGCUGUACCUCCUGCCUGCCGCAGUAGGCUCUAUUCUCUCCGGAGGACUAGGUAGCUACUUGAGCACACGUACCUCGGUCAGGAUUCAGAUCGGGGGUGGCUAUAUUUGGACAGCCGCUUUCAUCAUCCCAUGGGGUCUGGUGGCUAUGGAUGUCCCUCGAGCCUACCUGAUCUGCUUCGCCAUCCUAUACCUGUUUGGCAAUGCCCCCGCCGUCGUACGCGCCCAGGCAACCACGUUGAGCACCAUCCCGGCGGAACAGCACGGCCAGGCAACGGCCAUGCUCAUGGUCGCGUAUCAGGCCGGCAAUGCUGUCAUGCUUGCUCUGGUCAAUGCUGUUGCGAAGGGUUACACCAAAACCCCCGAAACGGCCGAGUCGUUGCUGCAAGGAUACAAGGCCGGCUUCUGGACGCUGCUGGCUAUCACUGGGGUUGUGGGCCUUACCUUUUGCUGUUUCUACAGGGAGCAGGCAGUGAAGCAGCCGGAUACCGAGGUGUGUCUUGCGAAUCCGUCAGAGACAGCACUCAAGCCGUCAAGCAAGGAGUCCUCGUCUGGCUACGCAUCUGUCACAGAUCAUACCCCUCAAAGCUCCUGA